AACGAUAAAUUAUGAUUUCACUUCUGGGUAUAAAAAUGAAUGAAAGUAACAAGCGCGUUCAACUUUGAAUUGAAGCGGAAGUGGUUUCAGUUACAGACGCCUAAUUGGACCACCGACUUCACACGGCGGUGGCUGGUGAGGUCGUCGGAGAGGUUCCUGAGGCCGAGAUAGAUUCAUUCAAAUCAAUACAACGAAAAUUUUCCGAAUCUCGCACUCUGAGAUUGAAAAUUUAAAGAGAGAUUAGGAACCAAAUCCUCUCCGUUGAGCUUUUUUGCGGCAUAUUUUCGUUUCUCACCAGCCACCGCUAGCUGCCAGAUCCGUAAAAGAUGGUAGAAAACAUUUCCAGAACAAACCUUAGCUACCGUGGCGAUACUGGUAACAUCGAGGACGCCAUAGAUGACACACCGUUACAAACUGACUCCAAAUGCUAUGACGAUGAUGGCCGUGUUAAACGAACAGGAACUGUUUGGACUACAUGCUCCCACAUAAUAACAGGUGUGAUAGGAUCUGGAGUGCUCUCCUUAGCCUGGUCCAUAGCUCAGAUGGGUUGGAUUGCUGGUCCUGCAACCAUGAUCUUUUUCAGUAUCAUCACUCUGUAUACUUCAUCAUUUCUCGCUGAUUGUUAUCGUUGUGGCGACACCGAAUUUGGAAAGAGAAACUAUACUUUCAUGGAUGCAGUUCAAAAUAUUCUUGGCGGGCCCAGUGUUAAGAUUUGUGGGAUAGUUCAGUACUUGAAUCUUUUCGGAAGUGCAAUAGGAUACAAUAUUGCGGCUGCCUUGAGCAUGAUGGAAAUCAGAAAGUCUUACUGUGUCCAUUCCUCUCAUGGAGAAGACCCGUGUCACAUUUCGGGCAACGCAUACAUGAUCGCUUUUGGUGUGGCACAACUUUUCUUUUCUCAAAUUCCAGAUUUUCAUAACACGUGGUGGCUCUCAAUAGUUGCAGCGGUCAUGUCGUUCUUCUAUUCUACAAUUGCUCUCGCCCUUGGAAUUUCCAAAGUUGCAGAAACGGGUACUAUCAUGGGUAGCCUCACAGGAAUAAGCAUCGGGACAGUGACCCCGGCCCAAAAAGUAUGGGGGGUUUUCCAAGGUCUUGGAAAUAUCGCCUUUGCCUAUUCAUAUUCUUUUGUUCUCCUGGAAAUUCAGGACACCAUCAGAUCUCCACCAUCCGAAAGAAAAGCAAUGAAGAAGGCUGCAAAGCUAAGUAUUGCAGUAACCACAACAUUUUAUAUACUCUGUGGCUGCAUGGGCUAUGCUGCAUUUGGAGACGCUGCACCAGGUAACCUGCUCGCCGGAUUUGGUGUCUUGAAAGCAUAUAUUGUUGUGGAUAUGGCUAACGCUGCUAUUGUAGUUCACCUUUUCGGAGCAUACCAAGUGUAUGCCCAACCCCUCUUUGCCUUUAUCGAGAAAGAGGCAGGAAAAAAGUGGCCCAAAAUUGACAAAGAGUUCAAAGUUAAAAUUCCCGGUUUGCCUGUCUACAAUCAAAACAUAUUUAUGUUAGUUUGGCGGUCAAUUUUUGUUAUCGUCGCCACAUUGAUUGCAAUGUUGAUUCCUUUUUUCAAUGACGUUUUGGGAGUGAUUGGAGCAUUGGGAUUUUGGCCUUUAACUGUUUACUUUCCUGUGGAGAUGUAUAUCCUACAGAAGAAGAUCCCAAAAUGGAGUAGGAAAUGGAUUUGUCUGGAAAUAAUGAGUGCUUUCUGCCUCAUAGUUUCUAUCGUGGCUGGUCUUGGCUCAUUGGUUGGUGUCUGGAUUGACCUGCAAAAGUACAAACCUUUCAGCUUAGAGAAUUGAAUACACACGUCAUAAAAUCUAUUGCCUCUUUUUGUAUGUAAACGGCUGUGGGAGGUUCUCAAUGGGAUCGUGAUUUCAUAAGUGGUGAAAUUAUUCCUAGGUUGCAAUUAAGAAUAAUAAUCAGUAUUGAAUAUUAUGAUCCUUUUACUGUAUAUUUUUUAAUUAAUUUUUGUACCCAUACUAGUGGUACUAAAUCAUAAAUGAGGUGAUAAUCGAUGCUGUGAUAACUGACAAGGAUUUAUGCUUUGAUGUGAAUAUUCAAUUUUAUUUGUCAUGUAUAUCUGCAUUGCUUUGUUAGAUAUCGAUGGGGAACCAUUGGUUAGUGGACAAAAUCUUCAACACAACUCAGAUGUCUAAAAUUGGUAUCACAUUGCAUACUUAUUAGCAUGGUUAAUUGGUUAUUGUUGUUGUGUAUGAGUUAUGUGUUUAAUGAUUGGAUUUGAAUAUGCUACCCUUGUUAUCUUUUGCACCUCUAACAUAUUUUGAGUGUUUGUGGUGUCUGUAUUCUCUUGGGAUACAAAUACCCAGGUAGAGGAGUAGCUUUUACUUGAGCUGUAGGAUGGCGUUGAGGCCUCUUCAUUUAUUUAUUGUUUUUCAUGUUAUCUAAUUUUGUCGAAGCUCUUAUCUAUAACACUAGGUAUGAGUUUUAGUGUUUCUUUGAGUUUCUAUUUGGAUUAUUUAAUUAAUCAAGUACUUUGUGUUAUUAAGACAAAUUUAAGUAUGAUUGACAUUUGAGUUCAGUUGCUAUUUUAUAUUAAUAUAUGUUGGUUGAAGUUGUAUGUUUAGUAUGUGUAACACCGAUGUUUGCAAAAUUAUUUGUUUAUCUUUUUAUAAACAACGGGUCGGGAUUUUAGGGCGUUACACUUUCUACCAUGGACUGAGCUAUGGAAACCUUGGGCCAUGCCACCGUGUCCAUACCCAACAACACCAAAUUGGUGGGUCUCUUUGUUAUCACCAUCAGGGAAUUCUUGAGUCUAAGACUCAGCAGGCUCAUAUUGUGCAACCGCAACAAAAACUAAGGCCUAACUAUCAUACGCAUCAACUGACAUUCAAGAUGUGCUGCAUACUUUAUCUUGGCUCCUCUUGAUGAUCACUCGUACAUUGACAACGAAGUCAUCAUCAUACCAAACCUUAUACAAUGUCUUACAUGCACCAAAGUUAAUUAAAAUUUUUGUUUUUUAAAGAAAAUUUACCAUUGAUAAUGAUAUUUUAUGUUGAAUUCAACUCUUUUAGUUUUUCUAUGAAGGAUUUUCAUACACAUGAAUUCUCUUUAAAGAGAUGUUAUAGCUCGGGUGACCUCUAUGCCACUAUCACAAGACCAACCAUUGCUAACUCCUCAUCAUAUACAAUUGUCCUCAUUUUCGUCACAACAACACCACUAGGCCUUUCCACCAUGGACUGCAUUGUGGCAACCUUGAGCCACACCAUUAUGUCAGCCUUACCCAUUAAAUUCCAGACCUUUAUCAUACGAAAAGCGUUUAAAAUGGCCAAAAUUCAGACCUCCAGAGCAUCUAAUUUAUCAUAAUUGAACUCGGACAUAAGUAUCAGGCUAUUAGUCCAAUUAAUAGGAAAACGAUGGUUAUCGUCCAACACAUACAUCACUUGGAGACAUCUGUUCCCACCUAUCUUAUACGGAGAAAUUUAUCUUUGAAACCUUUAUAGUUGGUUAUAUAGACCUGAAGAUUUUUUUUCUUGGAAGUCAGUUAAGGGAUAUUCAUCCUCCCUUGUCGGCAUCUUUAAGCUCAAAGAAUGAGAAAAUCGAACCUAGGAUAAGAGUUUUUCCCACAGCCUCACAUACAAUUUCAAAAGCUUUUAUAAAACCCUAACUAUUAGGGCGAAGUUGAGUUGGCGCGAUAUUUAGGGCUUUUAGAAGGCCAAACUCAAAAUUGGUGAAAGAGAUUUGAAUUUUAAAAUCCUCAAUCACACCAAUUUAAAAGAAAAUAAUCGUCCGAGACUCGUCAGGGUCAAGUUAUACAGACAUGUUCACCUUGAAUACAGGGUUCCAGUAUGACGUCGUCUUCGUUACCGAUAAAGAGAUCUUCUUCUCCGAUCAAAUUUUGGAAAUAUAUUUGACGUCGAUUGUGCUUGGAUCAUGGCUUAAAACUUCAUGGUCAAUAAAUAAUCUAAUCAUCUCCAUCACUAUUUCUAAGGAACCAGACGAUGAUGAAGAUUCCGAAUCAAUUUCGCUUAAAGGUGACAAAAUAUCAUCAUAAACUUUCUUAACAAUCUGCUCAAACUCAGCUCGCCCCAAGUGAUCUUUGCACUCUUUCAUGCAUGAAUUCCAAAGCUCUUUCCUCUCUUGGGCAUUUCGAGAAAUCGGUACGUUGCCCAGGUCGUCGCAUUCAUGUAUUAAAACCAUUCAAAAGCAACUUCAAGAAAAUGACAAGAAGUUCAAGAGUAAGGACAAAAAAAAGGAAGAGCGAGAGUUUUAUCUAAUAAGAGUUUGCUAACAACUAGACAAAACAUAAAUGUUUUAGGGUAAUAAUGGCAUUGGGUUCGCUAUAAAAAGUUAUCAUGGCGACGAGAGGGAAGAAAUCUUUUAGGAUAUUUAUAAUCAUUACAGACUCAACUCGACAUCACACGUCACCAAGCCGAGGCUUAAGGGCGAUCUCUAAACGGACUAAGGCCGAGAUGAGACGAAAUCUCCAAGAACAUUGUGUAUUCUAGGAUUUUUUGUCUGAAUACUUCAUUCUUUCAGGAAUUGUGCUCGAAGGCUUAUGUACAUCCCGAAAAAUAUCUUAGCCAAGUUGAUGAAUCCAGAAGUGCAUGAAUGACCUUAACCGAAAGUCAGUUUGACAACUAUAUGCCAUGGUCGUGUAGGACCAAGACAUCUUCCUCUGAUAGAUGCCAGGAUAUUCGGGUUGAUAGCCCAACAUAAUAGUUUAGAGGUAGUCUUAGGGUCGCAUGGAGGUUACGAAGUUCAUGAAGGAGCUAUUAUAGAUCAUGAUCGUCGACAAUUAUGGCAACGACAGACGUUAACUUAAACAUUUAAAUGUGGAAAACGAAGAGGCAGAUCAUUAUGACCUAAGGGUUGGAAGCAUGGAUUAUAUAAAAGACGUUAUAGCAAGAGAUAAGGUAUCCAAUAGACAGAGCACAAACACACUGAUAGCAAGCAUAUUUCACGAUAUUUACAACUUCAUUUGGGUUUUUUUUAAUUAUAUUUGAUACUAGCAUAUUAGUAUUUAAGUAAUUGAUAAUGUCAACUAAGAUAGUGAUGCUAGUUAUCGAGAAUUGAAUUCAGUCAAGUGGAUUGGUCUCCAAUCACAAUCUCAACCAUUAAAAAUUCUAUCGGUCCAUUUUUCAUAUUCUAAAUUCUCUCUAUUAUUUUAUUUUUCAAUGGUUGAGAUUUAAGAGAAGUAUAAUUUUAGUUGAGUCCAUUCAAAUGUAGUGUCUCUAGCACGCCGAAUAUGACCGAAUGGUAAGCCAGCUGUUAGUUACCUAUAAAUGAAGUGAACACUAAUAUACACUUCAUUGAAUUUGUGGAGAGCCAAAGAACAGAGAAACCUGCUUCUGGAUAUCAAUCUGGGAGAGUGAAAAUGCAGUCCAAUUGACAGCACAAACAAAACGACAUUAAG